UGCGGCCCUUCCCCGGACCUGUAUUCAGCUCGCACAAGGGCCGGUGGCAGCGGAACCUUCCUCCCCGCCCCGCCCUCGCUUCCACCCGGGCCCAGUCGGCGCCGGAAGCGGCGGUGGAGGCGUGCCAGCAUGGAGGCAGCCGGCCCUGGGAGCGCGGAUCCCUCCUCUCAGCUGGAGGCCCCGGUCUCCGCUGAAGACCGGCUUUUCCUGGUGAAAGGUGGAAUUUUCCUUGGUAGCGUUGCUGCAGCAGGAAUGCUAGCUGGAUUUGUUACGACGUUAUCAUUGGCUAAAAAGAAAAGCCCUGAAUGGUUCAAUAAGGGAAUUUUGGCCACAGCUGCCUUACCAGAGAGCGGGUCUUCCCUUGCCUUGCGAGCCUUGGGUUGGGGCUCACUUUAUGCAUGGUGUGGGGUUGGUGUGAUCAGCUUUGCAGUCUGGAAAGCUUUAGGAGUUCACAGUAUGAAAGACUUCCGAAGUAAAAUGCAGUCAGUAUUUCCAGCAAUUCCCAAGAACUCUGAAUCAGCUGUUGAGUGGGAGGAAGCAUUGAAAUCCAAAUGAGAUGCUACAAUGGCAGAGGGACUCUCUUGAUUUCUCCUCAGGAGCAGAUUGUGCAGAUUGUUGACUGAACCACAGGAUGGAUGCUGCUGGGUGUCCUCAUAGGAGACUGUGCUUCACCUCAAUUGAUGUGGGCUUAUGUGUGUGUGCUUUACGGGGAGGGUAGAGUUUCCUCAAAGUUAGGAAGACUAUUUAAAGAUAACUAUAUGGAUAAUUUUUCUAUGUAGACAAGAUCCUGGGGGAAAUACUUCUGUUUAUGACUAUAACAGUAAACCAAGUUUUGAAUCUGAAAAAAAUUUAUAAUAACUUAUGAUGGAAAGUCUUUAUAAACGGAUUCCUAAUAGCCAUAGCACCUCAGUAUGUCUGAUGAAAUUAGUUUCAACAGCAUUACUUGUAUGUGAUUGUCAGAACUUAGAAGACUUGCUCCUAUUAGGCAGAUUCAAAAUGACAGGUGAUUGAGUCAAUCCUGUACGUCAGGUAGUAGGUGUGGCUCUGUGUCCUGAAUGCAGUCUGAUUUGCAUCUGCUUGUUAUUUCCCUGAUGACCUCCCUUUAAGGCCCUGUAAAUUGCUAUAUGUAGACAGGAACUAGCAACAGAUUAUGAUAACUUGAAAAGGUACAAUCAUGCUGAAAUAAUAAUAUGAGUAUAAAAUGUACUUUUUUUGAGAAGUUGGUUCUGAGUCCCUAAACAUUGACAGAAUUUGUAGUUUUGUUUCAGUUGUCAGUGUAAAAAUAACCCAAAUAUCAUCUAUCUUAAAAAAUAUUUUUAACCGGAAAGCUAUCUGAGUAUUGAGUCUCAAUAUUAGGUAUAUAGUACUGCCUCCCUGAUGAAACUACUACUGGUAAAUUCUUAAAUACGCACCCCACCUUUCCCUGUCCUCCAUGUUCUCUUAGAGAAAACAGACAAUAAUGUCUACAUGCAAUUUUUUUACUGGAUAUUAAAGAAAAAUAUCUUAAUAUGUCCACAAAAAUAACCUCUGGUUGAGUAUCAGUUGUGCAAUUUCUUUAUAAUUGCUCAGUCUCCAGCAAUCCAGUUUAAUAAAGUAUAUUUGAAACUUACCUGUUAUAAUGAAACCUUUUAGUUCUAAGGAAAAUUUUUAAAUGAAAUGUCAAGUGCCUAAUAUAACAUUUUUCUCCAAACCAUGUUAGCCUGUAAAAUUGCUGUAUUGUUAAAUUAAUUAAACAGGUGUAAUCAACAUCUGGGAUUCUGUUAAAAAUCCAAGACAAAAAAGAAAGGAUUGUGGAAUUUAUCAGAGUAUAUGGUAUAGCAAAAACUCUUUACCUGCCUUUCGCAUUUAAGUAAGUCUCUGCUAAGCAAAGA